AUCGAGGAAAUCAUGCGUGAACACGGCUGGACGAAGGGCGCGGUGCAGCGCAUGCGGAAGCUCGACAGCUUCACGAAGGAGUGCCAGCGGUUUCACAGCCUCGCCGCUUUGAUGACGCACUUCGCGAUGCAAGAUUACACCUUCUCGGACGGCGCGCGCGUCCCGGCGGGCACGCCCAUUAUGGUGACUUCGCAGCCGAUGCACGACGACGAGGAGAUCUACACGAACGCGGACGACGCGAACAGCCCUGGACGCCGCUUCUUCGCGGUAAGUGAAAUCAUAAUCAUGAUGGCGCAUGUCCUGCUCACCCACGACGUUCGACCAGAAGUAGAGGGUGUCAUUUCGCCC